AUGUCUGUCGCCUUCUCGCUCAAGGCACUUCUUUCGGGAUUUCAUUCUCCGAACGGCCACAGCCCUCUUCAGGGCGGGAGCUCAUCAGGCGCUGGGCACCUGGUUCCUAGCAGCAGCAGCGGGUGCGACUGCAGCUGCCUCCUCGACGCCGCGCCCGACGAGGCGUUCAUCGGGCUGUUGAAGGGGCAGCUUGGCAGGUGCGGACUAGAGCACCUGCACGGGCAGCCGUCAUUCACGCCAGCCUGCCCCGAGCCCGGGCACACCCGGCUUGGGCUGGCCCUCUCGCUCGUGCUCGGCCUGGUCGUGGGCGCGGUGCUUCGAAAGGCCCUGGAGAACCUGCGGGUGGGCGUAUGGGUCCUCGGCCACUACGAUCAAGAGGACAACUACUGGCAUGAAUGCAGUUUGGUCAGCAGAAUCACUGCGGCCAAAUGGGUGGUGGUCACACCACACAGUGACAUCUACGAGGAAGAUUUUGCAGACGCCCUGGAUCUCUGUCAGGUCGGCCCCCUUGGAGGCUUGCCCACGAAGCUCUCGGGCCACAUCCUCGGCACAGACAUCAUCCGCUUCAAGAGACACAAAGGGAGGCUGUUCAGCGAAGGCAAGCAGCUCGCUAGCGAUAUCUGCCGGGAGGAGGGCCUCCCCGAGGAGCCACAAGGGGCGCUCGCGCCUCCGCCUGCACUCGAUGGUGCUCUCAUGGAUCGCGCUGACGCAGGUGAUGUUCCUCGCUGGGUUGCCUUGGAGGCUUGCGCUGGCUACCGACCAGGUGACGGGCUUCAAGCAGGCACCGUGCCCGGCGCCAUUGUCGGGGAUGGGGGCAUCUGCGAGCCUGCCGACGGGUUCAAGCUGGCAGUCGCGAAGGCCGAUACCUACGAGGGCACGCCCACCCCCCGGCAGGACCGCCAAGCUGCAGAGCAGACUUUUCGAACCCUCCUCGUCAAGUACGGUGGCGGCGGCAACAGGGUCAGAAUCUUCGCUGAGUCAGUGGACAUCACGACCUCCAACUCGCAGCUGGACUUCCCUGGCUGCGGCGCGGGAUCCUCUUGGGACAAGAGCGUGGGCGUGAAGGAGUUGUGGUUUGUCCUGCGCUGCAAAGCGGGGUGGCAGCCCGCCUUCAGGAGGGAGCAGCAGUACUCAAAGGGCGCCGCAAAGGACGUGAAGAAAAGAGUCUUGCUCGAGGAUCAGUGGCUUCUCAACGGCAUCGCCUCCCUCAACGAGCUGGGCGGGCAGGGGCGCCAUGUGCCUGCCUCCGCCCCGCUGACGGCGGCCCAGCGUGCUGCAGUGAGGCGGCUGGCCACGACCUACGGCAAGUGGUCGCCGCCCGUUGAUCGCCCUAGUCUCCAUCAAGCGUGGAUGACGCUACAGGGUCUCAGGCCUGGCUACUCGGAAGUCGAGGCCAUCGUUUCUCGAACAGUCUACCAGCGGGGAAAUAUCUCUCUCCCCAAGAUCGGUGCGGGUAAGGUGGCUCUUACGGGGGUCCUCCCGACUGACCUACAGACCAAGCUGGAGACUGGGCGCGGGCUGUUGCGAUCCCCAGAGGAGGCAGCAGCGCUAAUUCGUGAUGCAGGUGCUCCUCGUGCCAUGGACCCGAAGCUUGGGCGGCUCGGCUACGACUACGGCCACGCGCUGGGGGAGCUAUACACCUCCGGCGUGAUCGAGGCCAGCUCGGAGCCGGUUUUGGAGGAAGCUGGCGUGUUUUUUGCGGCUCGCAAGGACAAGCGGUUGCGUCUCAUCUGCGACGCCAGGACGCCUAACAUGCACUUUACCACUCCAGGGCACACGGCACUCGCGACGGGUGAGGCUUUGUCCUCGCUGGAGGCGUCGGGAGUCAAUAUGAUCGGCAUGAGUUCUGGAGGCGUCUGUUUCUAUCAAUAUGCAUUGCCGCCCUGGUGUAGGCGCUGCUUCAACCUCCCGCUGAUCGAGAGUCGCUUCCUGCCGCCGGAGUGCCCCGGCAUUGGCUUGAAGUUUGAGGAUGCCAAGGUCCUGUACAUAGACAACUUUGCUGUGCUGUCCCAGUCGCCCUCCCGUGCCGCCACCGCCGUCGCCGACAUGCAGGCGGCGCUCGCGGCCAAGGGCGUGGUCUCAGAGCUAGACCCUGCUCCGGCCGAGCGCGGCGAGCUGCUGGGGCGCGAGCUCGACCUGCAGACGGGCUGCUGGCACGUGCUUGGUCGCCGGCUAUGGCGGGUCUACGGCGCCCUCGAGCAUGUCCUCGCGGGGCGGGCCAAGGUCUCUGGCCAGGAGCUCGAGCGUCUGAUCGGCCACCUGGUCUCCAUCCUGAUGCUGCGCCGGGAGGGGCUGGCCAUGCUGCGCUCCUCAUGCGAGUUCGUGCAGGCGUCCUACUCCAAGAAGCAGCCGCUCUGGAAAAGCGUGGUCCGUGAUAUGGGCUGGGUCAAGGCACUGCUGCCUUGCCUUCGGGCCGACGCCCGACGCCCGUGGAGCGAGGUGGUCACUUGCUUCGACGCGUCUCCUUGGGGCUACGGCAUCGUGGAGACCGAGUGGGACCUGAAGGAUGCGCAGCGCGUCGGCAGGGUCUCCGAGCGCGCCCGGUUCCGAGGCGCGCUCGCUGCCGAGGGCGCCCCCCGCGAGAGGAUGCUGGAGCAGGAAAUAGCGCGGGCACCAGAGCCCGCCCUCUUGCUGGCCGGGCGCUCGGCAGGCUUCCCGGAGGUCGACUACGGCAAGAUGCAUGCCCGGCCCUGGCGCGUAGUAGGCUGCGGCCGCUGGAAGCGCAAGGAGGCCAUCCACGGGCUCGAUGGGGGCCGCUCUGACAUGGGCCGUCUGCCGGCGACGGUCCGUCUCGCCGCUUCCAGCCUCGGGGCCCCGGGGGCGUGCAUGGAGGUGGCGACGCUCCGGGCGGUGCCGCCCGCGCCGAUGGCCUCGGCGAGCUGCCGCUCCGGCCCUCGCGCGCCGAGCGAGCGCAGGAGCCGCCCGCCUCGCCAUCCGGGCAACCGCUGCCGGGGCAAGCCGAGGCAGGCCGCGGUGCCGGUGCUGGGCGAGCCCGAGAGCAGGCCAGACUUGGCUGGGCGGCGCGCAAAUCUUGGCCUCAGUCACUCGGAGAGCGACUUCAACCAGAAGAGGCGCCAGUUGCGCCCGCGCCAGACCCGGCUUGCUGCCGCCAAGUUCAGGCCUCGCACGCAGGGGCCCUACCUCGGGAUGAUCCUCGGCUUGGUACGCUGGCUGAAUAUGGCUUUCCUCCCGGACUGGCCGCGCCUCACGUGGGGCGAGACGCUGGGGGAGUACGCCGAGUCGAUCUGCGACCGCGGGGUCUCCAAGGCGUCAUCUCAGCGGCUGGCCCCGGCGCUGCGCUGGGCGGUGCCCGCCCUCCGCCGGGCCGGGGUCCGCGAGGUCUUCCCCCUGGCGCACCAGACGCUGAAGGGCUGGAACGUCCUGGACCCGUCCAAAUCCAGACCGCCCGUCCCGUUCUUGGUGGUGCUGGCGGUGGCCUGCGGGCGGUGCCGGGCGGGGAAGCCGCUCAGUGGCUUGGCCGUUCUCACCAGGUUCGAGACCUACAUGCGCCCUUCAAGAGUGCUGGCUCUGCGAGCAAGGCGGGUAGUCCUGCCGCUGCCAAGGGAAGGAGGUGCAUCGAUCUUCUUGACGGUCGUGGUGUGGGCCUCAGAGUACGAGAUACCAACCAAGACCCGCGAGUGCGACCUUUCAGUUCGGCUCGACCUGCCCAGGCAGCAGUGGAUGGUGAACCCGAUCUUCCUUGUGCGAGCCCUUCGGGAACCGGUCCACGCCUUCCUGGUCUUGGGCUACAACGAACUGGCGGAGGACUUCCAGAGCGCGACCUCUGCUCUGAGCGUGAGCUUACUCAAGGCCACCCUUUGCCCCCUCCAGCAUGGAGGGGCCAGCCGCGACCAGAGCGCGGGCGACAGAGGCUCAGGCGCCGCGCAGCAGCGAGGAGGGUGGAAGGCGUUCAAGUCCGUGCUGCGCCACGAGAAGCACGGACGCCUGCUGCUGGAACUACGCAAGCUCAGCGACCUGCAGCGCGAAGCCCUCCGAGCAGUCGGCAGGGACUUCGUGGGCGUCUUCAACAG